AUCUUUAGCAUCAUACUAGGUCUGUUUGAGAAUACAAAGUAAUUUUAAGAUACAUUGCUUCUCUUUAAGGGACUUUUGCUACCUGCAGGGAAGUGCGUUAUAUAUCUGCGUGACGCUACGAAAAUAACAAGUAUAAUGCAAAAUACGAAUCCUAUGUGGUCAAUUCAUGUAUAUACCUUCAAGAGGAUUUGACAGAAUAAGAGAGCUUGGAUUGAUGUUUAGGAUGCAGUUUACUAGCUGUGUGACCCUCACCUCUUCAAGCCAAAAUGUUCCCAUUUGUAAAGUGGGUGUAGCUUCAUCUGUCUCCUAGGACUGUUGGAAGGAUCAAAUGAGACAGAGCAUUUAAAGUGUGUUAAUGCCUUAUGACGGGGACUGCACAAAUUCUGGGAGGGAAAGAGGAAAUACGUAACACUUGUGGAACUGCACUUGAGGGUAGAGACUGUGUCUUAAUUGACUUUGUGCCCCCAGCUUCUGGCACUGUGCCUGGCUCUGAGAGGAGGCUCAGUAAAUGUUUGUAAAUGAGUGCAUGCCAGGCACCGUGGUAAGCCCUUGAUAUGUUAUUCUUUAAAACUUCACAAAAAAAUUUGUAUAGUAGAUAUAUUGUCACCAUUUCACAGAUGAGGAAACAGAAGUUCAGAGAUUUUUAAGCAACCUCCAACCUCAUGUAGGUAGAAUGCGGUAGAGAUAGGAAGUUAAAUCUACUUGGCACAAGAGCCCAGACUCUUUUCAUUACAUGAUGCGGACUCUCAGAUGUAAGGGAAUUGUCAUUAUUCCUGAACAAUAGUGUGGCCAAAAUGAAAAGCAAAGACCUUGGAUAAUUCACCAGAUGCCCAGGCAGCUCCUGGGCUGGCUUUCAGAUGAGUAGGGGAACAUUCUCCUGAGCUGCCUGACACAUUUAACACGGCCUUUUGUUAAACUGUCAGUUCUGAUUUCUACCCUUUGAAGUAAAAAGCACAGUAGUGAAAAAUACCAUAUAAUAUACCAUAACCUGGACUUGUCAUUGGGACAGAAUAGAAAGAAAGGGCAGUGAGAAACUCACAGUUAAUGAAGUGGUUAACCAAUGACUUGGAUUAAGUUCGUUACUGCCACUAGCAGCCGCCACUACCUUCUGUCUGUCUGUCUGUCUGUCUCUCUCUCUCUCGUCUCUUACUGUGUCUUAACUUUCACUACUAGAGUUGGCAAGGUCUAGAAUUUUCACUCCCUUCCAUGUUAAGGAUGAUACUGAACAGUGGAAUAUGUCAUGUUCUUCAUUGCUUGUCUGUUCCUAACAUCGCUAUAGCCUCACUGCAAUAGUUGGUUCUGUUGGUGUGAAGUUUUGCAGCCUUCCUCAGUUUCUAAUGAACAAUACUAAAAUGGCCCCUGGCAACACGGUAAUGUUAAAAUUCUAGCCUCUGCAUCAGGAGACAGAAUGCAGAAGUUGAUACCAGACUACCCAAUGUUACAUGAUUUUGCCCUCAGUUUAUUUCUGAGGAACAACAGAGGAGCCUUAAAUACAAAGGUUUCUGUAAGAAGCAGAGGGAAAUACAUUUUUAAAAAUCCUGAUUCAUGUUAAAGCUUCUGUUAAAAUAUAGUACACGGUAGGUCAGGACAGCAGAGACAGGAACUACGUAGAAGUCCCGAGAAUACCUUACACUGUUGUCAGAAUCCAGCCAGCUACAGUGUGUGGUUUCCCGGGGACUGCGCUAACAUACCUGAGAUGAAACCUGGUGGGGAGAUACUUUCCACAUUCUUUUCUGACCUGUGGUGAGUCUGCUGGGGUGAAUUGUGUGAAGUUGUCAAAGGUUGCUCUGCUCUCCAGCACUUGGCACCAGCUCCGCUGAAAUGUGAUGCCAUUGGUUUUCAGUAAAGGUUCCUUUCUGCAGGGCUGCGAACACAGAUCAGCUGCUACUGUGUAUACACAACCAGGGAGCAAAUCAACCAGCACAUUUAAAGCAGCCUUUUUAACCCUGAGACUUUCCAAGAUCUCCUCUUCACACAGGAAGUUUCCUUCUCUGUUGUCAGAUUUAGCACUGUGCUCUUGUCAUCAGAUCCGAGCUAGGCUCCCUGCUGCACAGUAGAGAGGCUUCCUUAAGACAUUUGUCCUUGAAACUGCACCAAACUCUUGGAAGAACCCAGAACGUAGCUGACAAUUUACUGGUUCAUCAAUGAAACAAUAUUAAAUUAUGAAGAUGUAAGGAAAAAAUCCUACGCUAACAUUGUCGCAGUUUGAAAGGACCGAUCCUGGGGCAGGUGUCCAGUUAUCUGCUGGAUCAUAUGGAAACCCAGUAGCCAGAAAAGGCAGCACUGUGACAAGUGACAGCAUCGUGUCGAAGCUUCUCUGCAGAAUGUCAAACAAAGAUCGACACAUUGAUUCCAGCUGUUCGUCCUUCAUCAAGACGGAACCUUCCAGCCCGGCCUCCCUGACGGACAGCGUCAACCACCACAGCCCUGGUGGCUCGUCAGACGCCAGUGGGAGCUACAGUUCAACCAUGAAUGGCCAUCAGAACGGACUUGACUCGCCACCUCUCUACCCUUCUGCUCCUAUCCUGGGAGGUAGUGGGCCUGUCAGGAAACUGUAUGAUGACUGCUCCAGCACCAUUGUUGAAGAUCCCCAGACCAAGUGUGAAUACAUGCUCAACUCGAUGCCCAAGAGACUGUGUUUAGUGUGUGGUGACAUCGCUUCUGGGUACCACUAUGGGGUAGCUUCAUGUGAAGCCUGCAAGGCAUUCUUCAAGAGGACAAUUCAAGGCAAUAUAGAAUACAGCUGCCCUGCCACGAAUGAAUGUGAAAUCACAAAGCGCAGACGUAAAUCCUGCCAGGCUUGCCGCUUCAUGAAGUGUUUAAAAGUGGGCAUGCUGAAAGAAGGGGUGCGUCUUGACAGAGUACGUGGAGGUCGGCAGAAGUACAAGCGCAGAAUAGAUGCGGAGAACAGCCCAUACCUGAACCCUCAGCUGGUUCAGCCAGCCAAAAAGCCAUAUAACAAGAUUGUCUCACAUUUGUUGGUGGCUGAACCGGAGAAGAUCUAUGCCAUGCCUGACCCGACUGUCCCCGACAGUGACAUUAAAGCCCUCACUACACUGUGUGACUUGGCAGACCGCGAGUUGGUGGUUAUCAUCGGAUGGGCGAAGCAUAUUCCAGGCUUCUCCACGCUGUCCCUGGCGGACCAGAUGAGCCUUCUGCAGAGUGCUUGGAUGGAAAUUUUGAUCCUUGGUGUCGUAUACCGAUCUCUUUCCUUUGAGGAUGAACUUGUCUAUGCAGACGAUUAUAUAAUGGAUGAAGACCAGUCCAAAUUAGCAGGCCUUCUUGAUCUAAAUAAUGCUAUCCUGCAGCUGGUAAAGAAAUACAAGAGCAUGAAGCUGGAGAAAGAAGAAUUUGUCACCCUCAAAGCUAUAGCUCUUGCUAAUUCAGACUCCAUGCACAUAGAAGAUGUUGAAGCCGUUCAAAAGCUUCAGGAUGUCUUACAUGAGGCGCUACAGGAUUAUGAAGCUGGCCAGCACAUGGAAGACCCUCGUCGAGCUGGCAAGAUGCUGAUGACACUGCCGCUCCUGAGGCAGACCUCUACCAAGGCCGUGCAGCAUUUCUACAACAUCAAACUAGAAGGCAAAGUCCCCAUGCACAAACUUUUUUUGGAAAUGCUGGAGGCCAAGGUCUGACUAAAAGCUCCCUGGGCCUUCCCAUCCUGCACGUUGAAAAAGGGAAAAUAAACCCAAGAGUGAUGUCGAAGAAACUUAGAGUUUAGUUAACAACAUCAAAAAUCAACAGACUGCACUGAUAAUUUAGCAGCAAGACUAUGAAGCAGCUUUCAGAUUCCUCCGUAGCUUCCUGAUGAGUUUCUUUCUACUUUCCUCUAUCAUCUUUUCUUUCUUCCCACAUUUCACCUCCUCUUUGUUCUUUCUCUUUCUUCUUUCCCCCUCCAUUAUUUCUUGGGUUCUUUCAUUCCUAGUUCCCAUCUCCCUUAUUUUCCUUUCAUCCACCUGUCUGCCUUCUUUCUUUUCUUUGCCUACUCUCUUCCCUCUCUUUCCUCAUCCUCCCUCUUUGUUCUAAAUUUUAAAUAGUUUUAGUUGUUUAAAAAAAAAUUCCCUCCUUCCCUUUCCUUUCCCCUUUCUUUUCCUUUCUUCCUGACCUUCUUUCUAUUCUUUUUCUUCCUUCUGCUGCUGAACUUUUAAAAGAGGUCUCUUAACUGAAGAGAGAUGGAAGCCAGCCCUGCCAAAGGAUGGAGAUCCAUAAUAUGGAUGCCAGUGAACUUAUUGUGAACCAUACCGUCCCCAAUGACUAAGGAAUCAAAGAAAGAGAACCAACGUACCUAAAAGUACAGUGCAACAUACACGAAUUGACUGAGUGCAGUAUUAGAUUUCAUGGGAGCAGCCUCUAAUUAGACAACUUAAGCAACGUUGCAUCGGCUGCUUCUUAUCAUUGCUUUUCCAUCUAGAUCAGUUACAGCCAUUUGAUUCCUUAAUUGUUUUUUCAAGUCUUCCAGGUAUUUGUUAGUUUAGCUACUAUGUAACUUUUUCAGGGAAUAGUUUAAGCUUUAUUCAUUCAUGCAAUACUAAAGAGAAAUAAGAAUACUGCAAUUUUGUGCUGGCUUUGAACAAAUAUGAACAAUAAUGAAGGACAAAUGAAUCCUGAAGGAAGAUUUUUAAAAAUGUUUUGUUUCUUCUUACAAAUGGAGAUUUUUUUGUACCAGCUUUACCACUUUUCAGCCAUUUAUUAAUAUGGGAAUUUAACUUACUCAAGCAAUAGUUGAAGGGAAGGUGCAUAUUAUCACGGAUGCAAUUUAUGUUGUGUGCCAGUCUGGUCCCAAACAUCAAUUUCUUAACAUGAGCUCCAGUUUACCUAAAUAUUCACUGACACAAAGGAUUAGAUUACACCUACAGUGACUCUGAGUAGUCACAUAUAUAAGCACUGCACAUGGGAUAUAGAUCCGUAGAAUUAUCAGGAGUGCACCUCUCUACUUGGGAGGUACAGUUGCCAUAUGAUUUCUAGCUGCCACGGUGGUUAGGAAUCAGAUACUGCCUGUUUGCAAAGUUACAGACCUUGUCUCAGAAGGAGCUGUGAGCCAGUAUUUAUUUAAGAGGCAAUAAGGCAAAUGCCAGAAUUAAAAAAAAAAAAAAUCGUCAAAGACAGCAAAUGCCUGACCAAAUUCUAAAAUCUAAUCCAUAUAAGUUUAUUCAUUUAGGAAUGUUUGUUUAAAUUAAUCUGCAGUUUUUACCAAGAGCUAAGCCAAUAUAUGUGCUUUUCAACCAGUAUUGUCACAGCAUGAAAGUCAGUCAGGUUCCAGACUGUUAGGAGGUGUAAUCUAAUGAAGAAAUCAAUUAGAUGCCCCGAAAUCUACAGUCGCUGAAUAACCAAUAAACAGUAACCUCCAUCAAAUGCUAUACCAAUGGACCAGUGUUAGUAGCUGCUCCCUGUACUAUGUGAACAGUCUUAUUCUAUGUACACAGAUGUAAUUAAAAUUGUAAUCCUAACAAACAAAAGAAAUGUAGUUCAGCUUUUCAAUGUUUCAUGUUUGCUGUGCUUUUCUGAAUUUUAUGUUGCAUUCAAAGACUGUUGUCUUGUUCUUGUGGUGUUUGGAUUCUUGUGGUGUGUGCUUUUAGACACAGGGUAGAAUUAGAGACAAUAUUGGAUGUACAAUUCCUCAGGAGACUACAGUAGUAUAUUCUAUUCCUUACCAGUAAUAAGGUUCUUCCUAAUAAUAAUUAAGAGAUUGAAACUCCAAACAAGUAUUCAUUAUGAACAGAUACACAUCAAAAUCAUAAUAUUUUCAAAACAAGGAAUAAUUUCUCUAAUGGUUUAUUAUAGAAUACCAAUGUAUAGCUUAGAAAUAAACUUUCAAUAUUUCGAGAAUAUAGAUAAGUCUAAUUUUUAAAUGCUGUAUAUAUGGCUUUCACUCAAUCAUCUCUCAGAUGUUGUUAUUAACUCGCUCUGUGUUGUUGCAAAACUUUUUGGUGCAGAUUCGUUUCCAAAACUAUUGCUACUUUGUGUGCUUUAAACAAAAUACCUUGGGUUGAUGAAACAUCAACCCAGUGCUAGGAAUACUGUGUAUCUAUCAUUAGCUAUAUGGGACUAUAUUGUAGAUUGUGGUUUCUCAGUAGAGAAGUGACUGUAGUGUGAUUCUAGAUAAAUCAUCAUUAGCAAUUCAUUCAGAUGGUCAAUAACUUGAAAUUUAUAGCUGUGAUAGGAGUUCAGAAAUUGGCACAUCCCUUUAAAAAUAACAACAGAAAAUACAACUCCUGGGAAAAAAGGUGCUGAUUCUAUAAGAUUAUUUAUAUAUGUAAGUGUUUAAAAAGAUUAUUUUCCAGAAAGUUUGUGCAGGGUUUAAGUUGCUACUAUUCAACUACACUAUAUAUAAAUGAAAUAUAUACAAUAUAUACAUUAUUUUCACUGUAUCACAUUAAAGUACUUGGGCUUCAGACUUCAGAGCCAACCAACUGAAAACAGGAGAUGGAGAUGUGUUCAAACAACGAGAUACAAUUUUUAAAGUUUUCAGUUUAAGUAACUCUCAGCAUUGCAAAAGACUAAGUAUCUCACAAAUAGGAAAUAAAACUAAAACGUAGAUUUAAAAGAACUGCACGGGCUUUAGGGUAAAUGCUCAUCUUAAACCUCACUAGAGAGAAGUCUUUUCAAGUUUUAAGCAAGACCAUUUACUUAAUGUGACGUUUUGGAAAGUUAUAAAGGUGUAUGUUUUAGCCAUAUGAUUUUAAUUUUAAUUUUGCUUCUUUUAGGUUCGUUCUUAUUUAAAGCAAUAUGAUUGUGUGACUCCUUGUAGUUACACUUGUGUUUCAAUCAGAUCAGAUUGUUGUAUUUAUUCCACUAUUUUGCAUUUAAAUGAUAACAUAAAAGAUAUAAAAAAUUUAAAACUGCUAUUUUUCUUAUAGAAGAGAAAAUGGGUGUUGGUGAUUGUAUUUUAAUUAUUUAAGCGUCUCUGUUUACCUGCCUAGGAAAACAUUUUAUGGCAGUCUUAUGUGCAAAGAUCGUAAAAGGACAAAAAAUUUAAACUGCUUAUAAUAAUCCAGGAGUUGCAUUAUAGCCAGUAGUAAAAAUAAUAAUAAUAAAACCAUGUCUAUAGCUGUAGAUGGGCUUCACAUCUGUAAAGCAAUCAAUUGUAUAUUUUUGUGAUGUGUACCAUACUGUGUGCUCCAGCAAAUGUCCAUUUGUGUAAAUGUAUUUAUUUUAUAUUGUAUAUAUUGUUAAAUGCAAAAAGGAGAUAUGAUUCUGUAACUCCAAUCAGUUCAGAUGUGUAACUCAAAUUAUUAUGCCUUUCAGGAUGACGGUAGAGCAAUAUUAAAGAAGCUUCCACUUUUGA